AUGCUGUGUCUUUCUUUGCUAUCGCGCCACAAGAUACGUGAUCGUGGGGGAAAUCGACACAAUUUUGCGUUUGAUACCAUGACGAAAGUUUAUCGGGAGGCGGUGUAUGCGAAGGAAGCGCGGUAUGCUGGAAACCCCAUGUACCCAGAAGAAGGUGAACCCCGAUCCACUAAUACUUCUAGCGCUAGUAUGAAUACCAGUACUUCUUCUGCUGUGUCAUCAUUAUCAGCGAAGCGUGAGGGUACACCGAUGCGAACAGACAAAGAAAAGUCUGUAGUCAACGGUAAUGAUUCUUCAAAGCCUUCCAGUGCGAUAAGGCAAGGUCCUAGACGUAGUGGAGUGCAGCUGGAGAUACUUGGUCUUUAUCAUGAUUUGCUGAAAGAGACAAGAAAAAUGAAGGACCCACAGACGCGAGAGAACUUGCGUCAUUAUAUUCGUUCUGAAUUUAACGGAAAUAUCGAUAUUCCACGAAGAUGUGUUACGCGUAUUGAAUGGCAACUGCACUAUGGGAGGAACAAACUGGAGGAACUCCGUGAUAUGCGGCCUGAUUCUAAGUUUACGCUUAUGCGAUAA